AUGGCAGAUGACAUAAAUGAAGUAGAAAGCCUAGAUAACGGAACAACGGAAGAAAGUAAAAGGCGAUAUUUGAUUCGUUAUAUUUUAGCAAAAGGUGGAGUGUGCGAUGAACGAGAUCUCAUGGGAGCUUUUGAAGCUUUGGAAGGCAACAACUAUCAAAGCGAUAGAGCCGAAGACACCCUCAAGGAUCACAUUGCUAAUAUUAAUGUUAAGUUGAAUAUCUUAGGAUAUAAAGUUGUACAUUGUAUGGGACGAUUGGGCAUGCGAUGCUACGUCUACAUUGACAUUGGAUCUUCAGAUGAGACUAAAUUGGCAACGAAAUUGAAACCUGACGAACUGACAUAUUUGAAAUGGUGUCUCGACAAAUUCUUGGAUUCACAAAAGCAACUUGACACCGGAAAUGCACCUCGAACUGAAGUGCAAGUUGCAGUAGACUCUGUUCUGACAGAGGUUACGGGGCAACUCGAUGUGCAGCUGCCAUCUGCGGUCACAUACACAGUGGGCUCGACUGAGUUAAGUCAGUUUGAAGAGCUAGGGCCACUGGAAUCUCAACAGUUACUAUUGAAGCUUUGUCAUUUAAAGUGGUUUUACUCCACCUCUCAGGGACGCUUUGGAAUCAAUGUAAGAGGGAUCCAGGAAUUGAAAGGUUAUCUUAAGGCUCGUUAUGAACUUCCUAUUUGCUGCUCGUGUCAUGAAAUCGUUUUGGAAGGUGUGCAAUGUACCUGUCUCGUUAAAUCAUGGCAUAUCUCUUGCUUCCGACAUUAUACAACACAUGUUAGUAUGCAAUGCGAGGGUUGCGGCGCCUCUAUUACCCAAGGCAUAUAUUUAACAUGA